AUGGCUGACAUUCGAGAAAUCCGCUGGCAGACGCCAGACUUGACCGUCAUCCUGACAAUUGAGGCUGACCAAAUUGUGCGGUUGAAGGAGAUCAAGCCUGUUGAGGGUUCAAGGAUUCCACAGGAGUCAAGUCUGUUUUCAGAGUCGUCCUUACCACUGACCGAAAUUCGCCUGGCGGGGGAGGGCACCGAUGACACCAAGAGUUCAAAGACGCUGGUCUGUGGUGCAGUCACCAAGCGCUUGAAGUAUCAAAGCCACCAAGAAUCGGCUAAUGGCCAGCAUCAGUCACUGGAAAUCACGUCGCAUGACCAUAUCUCGAAGCUGACAGUGACUGCAACUCUUGUGGCUUACCCAGGAACUCCGGUUUUGCGUUCUUUUGCGACGGCACGAAACGACGGAGAUACAAACAUCAUCCUUUGUCAGGCUACUUCACUGGUUGUUGGUGGUUUGACCGGAGGUAGUCGUGAAUGGUAUCAUGACUACGUGGCCUCAAGCGCAACGAACACCUGGUUCCGAGAAGCACAAUGGCAUGACCAUGACUUGCCAAGUAUUGGCUUGGAUAGUAUUGGGGUCUGCGAACUGAAUCAGGGUCACCUAGGGGGUCACACCAGUUACUCUGUGUCAAAUCGUGGAGGAUUCUCCACAGGAGGCAUGCUCGCCAUGGGCAUGUUGAAAAGAAGAGACGGUCAAGAUACAUGGCUGUGGCAGAUCGAAAGCAAUGGAUCCUGGAGGUGGGAACUGGGAGACUUCAAGGAGGACAUCUAUGUUGCAAUCAGCGGCCCUACCGAUUUCAACCAUAGCUGGAAAGAAUGCCUUGGGCCCGGGGAGAGCUUUACUACCGUACCCUGCGCAAUUGUUCAUAUUUAUGGAGGAAUCGACGUGGCGUUUGGAGCUUUAACAGAUUACCGAAGACGCAUCCGACGGAAGCAUGUGGACAACGAAGAGCUUCCUAUCAUCUUCAAUGACUACAUGAAUUGUUUGAUGGGCGAUCCUAAUGAAGAGAAGAUAAAGGGCCUCAUUGGGCCUGCAGCCUAUACUGGCGCAGAAUAUUUCGUCGUCGACGCCGGCUGGUACGCAGAUACGACGGACUGGUGGGAUAGCGUCGGUGAGUGGAAGCCUUCAAAGAAACGGUUUCCCAACGGAUUUAAAUCUGUUCUCGAUACCAUCCGUUCAGCAGGAAUGAAGCCAGGGGUCUGGCUUGAACCAGAAGUUGUGGGAAUCCGGAGCAGCAUCGUGGAAGAACUCCCUGAUGAGGCCUUCUUCCAAGAGAAUGGACGACGUACAGUGGAGAAAGGCCGCUAUCAGCUCGACUACCGCUCCCCAAUUGUGCGACACAGGAUGGACAAAAUUGUUGAUGAACUGGUCUUGGAGUAUGGUGUUGGGUAUUUCAAGUUUGACUAUAACAUCGACGUCGUCUACGGGACAGAUUUCAAAGCGUUUAGCUCUGGUGCAGGCGCACUCGGCCACAAUCGCUCCUAUCUAGAGUGGGUGAGCAAGAUCCUUGAUCGCCAUCCCGGGCUGGUCAUCGAAAACUGUUCGAGUGGUGGGCAGCGACUUGACUAUGCGCUGCUUGCUAUUCACUCGGUCCAGUCAACAAGCGACCAGCAAGACCCUGUCCGCUACGCCGCUGUGUCCGCUGCAAUUGCCACAGCUGUUACGCCAGAGCAAAGUGCCUCAUGGGCAUACCCCCAACCCGAGUGGAGCGACGAAAUAAACGCUUUGACUGUAAUCAACAGUUUGAUGGGGCGCGUUCACCUUAGUGGUGCCCUGCACCGUCUCAGCAAGCCGCAACUAUCGCUCGUGCGCGAGGGCAUGGAUGUUUAUAAGCAAUUCAGGUAUGAUGUUAAAAGUAGCAAGCCGUUUUGGCCGUUGGGGCUGCCUGGCUGGCACGACGAUUGGAUGGCCGUUGGGCUGAAAGCUGGAUCGUGUCAGUAUCUUGCUGUCUGGCGUCGAGGAGGUGACGAUUCCUGUUCUCUGCCAAUAUCUGGUGCGAAGGAGAACAUUGCCAUGGCAGCAGAACUACUAUAUCCAGUGGGUUUCGGGGUGGAUUGGACUUGGAAUUCAGAGAAACGUGAGCUAAAACUGAAGCUUCCGUCAACUAUAUGCGCGAGGCUCCUGAGGAUAAGCGAACGGCAAGCUGCUUGA